AAGUUUCCGAGGACGGGUGUCUUCUUCAUCCUCCCCCUCUCCUCCUCUCUCAAGAGAGAGAAUAAGGUAACCAUCGCCAUGGUCCCCGCACAUGCCCGAACAAUUCAUCCCCAUUUGCAACGCCAAUCCACUCCGAGACCACAGCCAGCGAGCCAUCGAAGCCAAUAGAUCGCCGACCUCGCAUGGAGCAUAAAUUCAAUCUUGUUCGCAUGUGACCUCGCCUGAAAUCGCCGCAAGAAUCCACCGAGGAAGAGGAGGGAGACACAUUUCUCCUCGCUGUACGGUCGGCGGAGCCGCCAUAAACCUCCCCUAAAGCUCCUUGAUCAUCAUCUGUUCCGCCUGUAAUCCAUAAAGGAAAGAGGGCUCGUUUCAAGAUCCAAUCAUUUUUGUGUUGUGCAAUCAAAAUCCCUAUAAAUUUCCUAGGGAAGAAGCCGAGGAGGCGGGAACCAAGUUGCAUUUUUUUAAUCCGUCGUUGGUCAGGAUUCGUGGCUCGCCAAGAAGGCUCGUGUUCCUGAUCCCGCGGGAACCACCGAGGUCGACGCCAAUGCAGCCGGACCCGAAAGGCCCGGGCAGGGAGAAGGCCAAGGGCAAUGCGCACGCGCGGCUACCGCCGCCGGUGGCGGCUCCGACGGCGUUGCGGCCGGCGUCGGUGCUGCCGCACAAGACGGCGAACGUGCGCGACCACUACCGCAUCGGGAAGAAGCUGGGGCAGGGGCAGUUCGGCACGACGUACCUGUGCGUGGCCAAGGAGGACGGCGCCGAGUACGCCUGCAAGUCCAUCCCCAAGCGCAAGCUCCUGUGCCGCGAGGACUACGAGGAUGUCUGGCGCGAGAUCCAGAUCAUGCACCACCUUUCGGAGCACCCCAACGUCGUCCGCAUCAGCGGGGCCUACGAGGACGCCCUCUUCGUCCACCUCGUCAUGGAGCUCUGCGCCGGCGGUGAGCUAUUCGACCGCAUCGUGGCCAAGGGCCACUACAGCGAGCGCGCCGCUGCGCAGCUCAUCAGGACAAUCGUCGGGGUGGUGGAGGGCUGCCACUCGCUCGGCGUCAUGCAUCGGGACCUCAAGCCAGAGAACUUCCUCUUCGCCAGCACUGCCGAGAAUUCCCCGCUCAAGGCAACGGACUUUGGGCUCUCUGUGUUCUGCAAACCUGGUGAUAAAUUUUCUGAUGUUGUUGGGAGCCCCUAUUAUGUUGCACCUGAGGUGCUUAUGAAAUCCUAUGGCCCAGAAGCUGAUGUCUGGAGUGCUGGAGUAAUUCUGUACAUUUUGCUGUGUGGUGUGCCACCAUUUUGGGCAGAAAGUGAAUCAGGAAUCUUCAAGCAGAUUCUUAGAGGUAAACUUGAUUUGGAAACUGAACCAUGGCCUAGUAUCUCUGAUAGUGCUAAAGAUCUAGUUCGUAAGAUGCUUACCCGGGAUCCUAAAAAGAGACAGAGUGCUCAUGAGGUUCUAUGUCAUCCAUGGAUUGUUGAUGAUUCAGUGGCACCUGACAAACCUAUAGAUUCUGCUGUGUUGUCAAGGCUGAAACACUUUUCUGCAAUGAACAAGCUGAAGAAGAUGGCAUUGAGGGUAAUUGCUGAAAGUCUAUCUGAGGAGGAAAUCGGUGGUUUAAAAGAAUUGUUUAAAAUGAUUGAUACUGACAAUAGUGGUACAAUAACUUAUGAAGAACUGAAAGAUGGCUUGAAAAGGGUGGGCUCAGAUUUAAUGGAACCUGAAAUCCAGGCGUUAAUGGAUGCGGCUGAUAUUGACAACAGUGGAUCCAUUGACUAUGGUGAAUUCUUAGCAGCUACGCUGCAUGUGAAUAAACUGGAGAGGGAGGAAAAUUUGGUGUCAGCAUUCUCAUUCUUUGAUAAGGAUGGAAGUGGCUUCAUAACAAUUGAUGAGCUCUCGCAAGCAUGUGAUAAAUUUGGUCUUUCUGAUGUCCAUCUUGAGGAUAUGAUCAAGGAUGUGGAUCAAAAUAAUGAUGGACAAAUUGACUACAGUGAGUUUGCUGCAAUGAUGAGAAAGGGUAACGCUGGUGGAUCUGGUGGGUCUGCUGGACCCCGUAGCGGUGUGGCAGGUAGGAGAACCAUGAGGAACAGCCUGCAUGUGAACCUCGGUGACAUCUUCAAGACCGGCGAGAAGUAACCCAUGUCGGAGGGUUCUGCUUUCCAGAUAUUACCAUCUGAAGUUUUUGAUGUUUUAUCAUCUGGACCAAUUGAAACAGAUGAUUUAGUAACUGAUCCGUUACUUGCAUCACCAGGGUGUUGCUGAAUUCUAUUAGUAGUUAAAGGAGGGCAUACUAUGAUAAUUUAUAGUGUAAACAAAAUUUAGGUGCUGAAAUGAUAAGCUAAGUUGUUUAUCGUCCUUUGACGAAUAAAAAUGUUGAUAAAUACAUGUUUGUAUCUAAUCAACUUUUGUUGUUAAUGCACAAAUUGUUGUUGGAUAUUUCAUAAGGUAGGUAUGGAGUUCUGUUCCAUAAAUUUCCUCAGUUGUAUUUUAAACAUGUUAUUGUAACAGAGACAAAUUUGUACUAUACAAGUUAUUUCUGUCU